UCGCCAUUCGGAAACCACACAAAUAACACGCAGAGUCUCUUGCACUGCCACUAAAUCAACACCAGCUAGUCGUCAAUUCCUCUCUGAAAAAUGGCAUCAGCUCGUAGCAUUCGUGCUUGGCACAACACAAGCCACGUCGCACUUGUGUUGGUUGCAGUGCUGCUGCUGAGUUCGGCACGUCUUUCCGAGGGGGCCAGGAGGCUGAUGGAGCUGUACAAACCGCCGGCCAGCGAGCUCCUCAGGUACCACAACGGCGCCGUGCUGCAAGGCCGCAUCCCGGUGUCCAUCAUCUGGUACGGCCGCUUCACGCCGUCGCAGAAGGCCGUCGUCACCGACUUCAUCCAGUCCCUCACCACCACCUCGCAAGAGCCGACCCCGUCCGUGUCGCAGUGGUGGAACACCAUCAUCCAACUCUACCUGUCCAAGGCGCAGAGCAAGAACGGUGCGCGCCCCGGGAGCGCGCAGUUGGCGCUCGCCGGCCAGGUCACCGACGAAGGGUGCUCACUGGGGAAGCGCCUCAAGCUGUCCCAGCUCCCGGCGCUGGCGGCGAGGACCAGGCCGAAGAAGGGCGGGAUCGCGCUGGUGCUCACCGCGCAGGACGUGGCAGUGGACGGGUUCUGCAUGAGCCGGUGCGGGCUGCACGGCUCGGACGCCAGGGCCGGGACAUCCUACGUCUGGGUCGGCAACUCGGCCACGCAGUGCCCCGGCCAGUGCGCGUGGCCGUUCCACCAGCCCCUGUACGGGCCCCAGACGCCUGCGCUUGUGCCGCCGAGCGGCGACGUCGGCGUGGACGGCAUGGUGAUGAACAUCGCCAGCAUGGUCGCGGGCACGGUGACCAACCCGUUUGGGGACGGGUUCUACCAGGGCGACAAGGAUGCGCCGCUGGAGGCGGCCACCGCCUGCCCCGGGGUCUACGGCAGCGGCGCGUACCCCGGGUUCGCCGGGAACCUGGCGGUGGACCGCGCGACGGGGGCGAGUUACAAUGCCAAUGGCGCGCAUGGGAGGAAGUACCUGCUUCCCGCGCUGUUCGACCCUGCAACGUCCACUUGUUCUACUUUGGUGUAACGACCAAGGAAACAAUCGUGUCAGAAUUGUGUAGUAACACUGUAUAUAUGAGAGAGAGAGACAUUGUAGUAGUAGUAACUAAUAAGAGUUAAGAUUUCUUCCAUAAGCACAAGAAAAAAAAAAUCUACUUUGCAUUUUUUAAAUGCUCCUCUGUUGCUUGUUCAGAAGCUGGAAUCAGAAAUUUGGCCACUUUUUGAAAUGGCCUGUUGCAACCAAUUGGAGAUGCUAUUGCU